AUGUCAAGUAAAGUUUGUAAAUGUGGUUGUUCUGAAAUUGAUACAGAUCGUGCUCAAGGAGUAUCCGUAUGUACACGAUGUGGUGAAGUUAUUGAAGAUUCAUUAAUUGUUAAUGAAACUGAAGUUCAAGAUAUUGGUGGUGGAUUACACAUUAUUGGCAGUUGGGUAGGAAGUGAUGAUGUACGAGCAGCAAGUACGGGUAUGAUGGGUUAUGCAAAUAUUCGAGAAUCAAGACAAAUAACAUUGCAUAAAGCCAGACGUGGUCUAAUGGAUAUAUCAUCAAAUAUGCAUAUGAAUCAACAUUGUACAGAUGCAGCAUUCAAAAUUUAUAAAAUGGCAUUGGAUCGUGGAUUAUCAAAAGGGAAUAAAUCAAGUCAUUUAUUAGCUAGCUGUCUUUAUAUAAUUUGUCGUACAGAAGGUACACAACAUAUACUACUUGAUUUUUGUGAUUUAGUUGAAGCUGAUAUUAGUGUCUUAGGACGUAUUUAUAUGCGUUUAGCACGUGAAUUAUGUAUUAAUGUUCCACAUACGGAUCCAUCAUUAUUGAUACCACGUUAUGCUGCUAAAUUAGAUUUUGGUGAUAAAACAAAUGCUGUAUCUAAUACUGCUUCACGAAUUGUUCAACGUAUGAAACGUGAUUGGUUAGCGAUUGGUCGACGUUCUUCGGGUCUCUGUGGUUCGGCAUUGUUAUUUGCUGCUCGUAUGCAUAAUUUUAAUCGUACAAUACAAGAAAUCGUUGAUGUUGUUAAAAUAUCAAAAGCUACCAUUAUGAGACGUUUACAGGAAUUUGAAAAUACACCAACAGCACAAUUGAGCAUUGAUGAAUUUCAAACAAUUGAACUUGAAGAAGAACAAGAUCCGCCAGCGUUUGUAAAAUCCAAAAAAACAACAAAAUUAACACAACAAGACGAAAUGAUUAAUAUUGAGAUGAUUGAAAAAGAAAUUAUUGAAACACAAAAAGAAAUUGAUGAACAAUUAGAAAAAUUACGUAAACCAAGAGGAUGGCUAGCCAAAUUUUCAAAAUUUCAAGAAUUAGAAAAAACUGUACUAAUGACGGAAGAAGAUGAUUUAAUAAAAAAAGUGUUAAGUAAUAGUAAACUGCGUGGAAGAAAACGAAAAGAUACUUCUAGUAUAAACGAAGAAGAUGAACAAGAUCAACUUGCAGAUGAGACAUUAGAAGAAGUAGCAGAUAUACCAUUAAAUGAAAAUGAUAGUAAAUGGGCACAAGAUUAUUUAGAACAAGAACAAACAAAAUUGAUUUUAUUACUAUUGAAAGAUGAUGAAGAAAAAAAGAUUGAUGGAGAAGAUACCACCACAGUUGAAACAGAAGAUAAUAACAAUAAAGAUCUGUUCAAAUUAUUACGACCAACGUUAGAAACGCUUGGAAUUGAUAAUUCUUCAUCUCAACCGAAUUGUGAAUCAACAAUUGAUAUUAGUAGUGCUCCUAAAACUCCAGUGACAACAAACGCCAAUUGUGAUGUUGUUCUUGAUUUUCCCGAAUGGCAACCAUCAAUUGAUUUAACACAAGAUGAACUUGAUAUCACUGGCAUUGAUGAUAGUGAAAUUGAUGAUAUGAUAUUAACUCGUGAUGAAACAAAACUGAAACUAAAAUCAUGGUUACGAGAAAAUAAAAAUUGGUUUCUCGAAGAAAAACGACGUGAACGUAACAAAGAAUUAUUAGAACAAAAACAAAAUUCUGCGUUAGGUGGACUGAGUCACAAGAAAAAACGCAAAAAGAAAACAACAAAUGAUCAUAAAACGACAUCAACAAUGGUAGAUAAUCAACAAAUAGCCGGAUAUAAUUCUAUGACGCCAGCGGGAGCUGCGGCAGCAGCAAUUGCAGCAUUAGAAGCUGAAAAAACAGCCACUGAUAAACGAUCAUCAAAAAUUAACUAUGAUGUACUAAAACGAUUAGCAUCAAAAAAAGAAAUGUCUAAAAUGGAAGUAUCAUAA